GCCGCGCGGCCGCCCGCCGCCCCUCUGAGCCCGGCUCAGGGGCAGCCGGGCGCCCCAGACCCGACCCCCGCCCCUGCCGCGCCCGCCGCCGCACUUGUCCCACCGCGCGCCCCCUGGAGCGCCGCGCACCCCUGGGAGCCUUGCGCGCCCCAGGUCCCCAGCAUAACCCCGAGAUCCCCGUGCGCCCGGGAAUCCCGGUACUGCCCCGGGAACCCCGCGCGCCCCUGGACCGAGACGCAGCUCCGGGACCUCAGCGCGCCCCGGGACGCGCGCUCUCAGAACCCCGGGGCUCGGCCAAAGGAGCUGCGCGCCCUGGUGAGGGGGCCCCGCCCCAGAGGGACCCCCCUCUUCCAACAGACGGAGCCCCGCCCCAGAGGGACCCCCAGGUUUGGCAGGGAAAUCCAGCCACGCCCCAGAGGGCUCCCAGCAUCCCGCGGCUGGAGCCCGGCGCUCCCGAGGAACCUCCGUGCUCAGCUGGGGGCUCCCCGCCCCGCUGAGGGGGCGCCGCCCAGGAGGGUCCCCCGCGCCCCGCGGGCCCCGGCAGGAUGCACGCCGCCCUGGCGGGGCCGCUGCUCGCUGCCCUCCUCGCCACCGCCCGCGCCCGCCCGCAGCCCCCGGACGGAGGACAGUGCCGGCCGCCCGGAUCGCAGAGGGACCUGAACUCCUUCCUGUGGACUAUUAGGCGCGACCCGCCGGCCUACCUGUUUGGCACCAUCCACGUCCCCUACACCCGCGUCUGGGACUUCAUCCCUGACAACUCCAAGGCAGCUUUCCAGGCCAGCGCCCGCGUCUACUUCGAGCUGGACCUGACGGACCCCUACACCAUCUCGGCGCUGGCCAGCUGCCAGCUGCUGCCGCACGGGGAGAACCUGCAGGACGUGCUGCCCCGCGAGCUCUACUGGCGCCUGAAGCGCCACCUGGACUACGUGAAGCUGAUGAUGCCCUCAUGGAUGACGCCCGCGCAGCGGGGUAAGGGGCUGUACGCCGACUACCUAUUCAACGCCAUCGCGGGCAACUGGGAGCGCAAGAGGCCCGUGUGGGUGAUGCUUAUGGUGAACUCGCUCACGGAGACCGACGUGCGCUCCCGAGGCGUGCCCGUGCUGGACCUCUACCUGGCCCAGCAGGCCGAGAAGAUGAGGAAGAGCACCGGGGCCGUGGAGCAGGUGGAGGAGCAGUGCCAUCCACUCAACGGGCUCAACUUCUCCCAGGUGCUGUUUGCCCUGAACCAGACCCUGCUGCAGCAUGAGAGCGUGCGGGCCGGCAGCCUGCAGGCGCCCUACACCACCGAGGACCUCAUCAAGCAUUACAACUGCGGGGACCUCAACGCCGUCAUCUUCAACCACGACACAUCCCAGCUGCCCAACUUUAUCAACACCACCCUCCCCCCGCACGAGCAGGUGACGGCCCAGGAAAUCGACAGCUACUUCCGCCAGGAGCUCAUCUACAAGAGGAACGAGCGGAUGGGGAAGAGGGUCAUGGCGCUCCUGCGGGAGAACGAAGACAAGAUCUGCUUCUUUGCCUUCGGAGCAGGUCACUUUCUGGGGAACAACACAGUCAUCGACGUCCUCCGGCAGGCAGGGCUGGAAGUGGAGCACACGCCCGCGGGGCAGACCAUCCACAGCCCUGCCGCCCAGAGCCCAGCGCCCCCUCCUGAGGGAACCUCGGCGAGCCCGGCCCCAGUGACCCCAGCUGCUGCCAUCCCCACGGCACCCUCGGCAACCCCUACCACCCCGCCCGAGGAGGAGGACCCGGCGCUGUCCCCACACCUCCUGCUCCCCGACAGCCUCAGCCAGCUGGAGGAGUUUGGGCGGCAGAAGAAGUGGCGCAAGAGGCAGAACAAACACCAGCGGCCGCGGCAGUUCAACGACCUCUGGGUUCGCAUCGAGGACAGGAACAUCUUCCCUCUGUCGGUGGCUCGUGACAGGCAUUUGCUCCCUUCUCUCCUGGCCGCAUCUCUGGGAGUUUCUGAAGACAGAGGAGCACAGUACAUCACAGCUGUCCGCUACAGGUGGAGAAGAACCUCACCCAAGGACACAGCAGCACCACAGCCUCGCCACCCCCGCUGCCCCUGCAGCCCACGCCCAGCCCUGGGACCGCCAAGCCCCCCUUCCAGCUCUCCGACCAGCUCCAACAGCAGGAAGAGCCGGGGCCCACCAGCAACUCCUCGCCCAGCCGCUCCCGGCCCGCCCUGGGCCUCCUCCCGGCCGUGGCUGCCAGCAUCGCAGCGCCGCUCCUGCUGCCCACCCUCAGGUCCUCCUGACCUCGGCCGACCCCUGCCAAGAAGCCAGAGAAACCAUCGGAGGGUCUGUGGCCGCACCCCACUGCCCCGCCACCACCUGUCGGGCAUUCCAGACGGGAUCCGUUAGAAAACUAGAGCUUUAUUGUACGUGAGUUACAUCUUCUUUUUUGUAGAAGGAUCUUAAUUUCCCAUAGUGCUAUGGGGCUUUUUUGUAAAAUACGUGUCCAUAUUAAAAAAGAAAAAUGUAUUUAUUCUACCGAUAAAACUAUUUUUAUGUGGCCUAUGUUAAUAACCCCUUAAUUAGCCCCAACUGCAACCCAGGAGGUGGACCCAGGUUGCCAGGACAUCUGCGACCUCACGCGGACUGUGGCUUUGAACUGGCUUGCUUGGGGCUCAGCGGCAGCCUCCGGUGUCUGGGUUUGGCUUCUGCCAGCUUGGGGACCUCAGAGGGAGGGGGAGGCAGACAGGCUUAGCUUUUGUGAAGCUGGAUUCGGGAGCCAGAGAUGUGAACGCUGACAGUCCUUCCCUCGGCUGGAUGCUUCCGAGGGCUGGGAAGAUGCUUUAGGAAAGAGAAUGCUGCUAUUUUGAAAACCCUGAGUGUCUGUGAACUGGCCCUCCAGAGCUCUUGGUAAGUGUUUGACCGAAGCCCCGGGGUGGGGGAGGGACUGGAUGCUGAUGGAGGUGGUCCCCGGCCCAUGUGACAGAUGGUUACACUGAGAUCCGAAGAGAGGAAGGUGAUUGCCCAAGGUCACACAGCAAGUGUGGGAUCCAGGAUGUGAGCCUCUCUGUUCUGGCGUUAAUCCAGCUCGCCUUACAGGAGAGGCUGCUGAAGCCACGGCCAAAGGGAGCGAGCUGAGCCGAAGGACAGGAGUGGGCACAGAAGGGCAGUUGGAGGGCCAGGGAGGGGCUCUAGGAGUCACGUGGUAAUAAUAAUCGUUUGAGAGCUGCCGCUCAUCCGGGACCUGCAGCCUGGCAGGCACUUUGCACACUUACUUUAUCACUGAUUCUCACACCCGUUCUGUGAGAUAUGUAUCCCAUUCCACAGAGGAGGAGACUGAGCUCCCAUAAGGGAUAAGGGGACUUGCUCAGGGUCACCUGGCCGGGACGUGGCCCCGGAUCAGUGUGAUUCAGAAGCGAUGCUUGUCUCCUGGACCGUGUUCUGCUGUGUUCUCCCUGCACAAGGAGGCUCCCAGGGAGGCGGGUCUCAUCUUUAUUGGGCCCGCAACCUUCUUACUCCAGCCAAGGAGGCUGUUGGGCACACUUACUCUUGUUGAUCCCUCUGGCCAAAGGGCUCUGGCAACAGUGUGUGCCACGUGUCUCAUGCCCCAACGUGUCUUAUCUUAAAGCCAAUGAGAGGCUUUCCUGCCAAGUCAGAGGCUGGGAGGCUGGGGGGACAGCAGUGGGGGGCCUGGGGAGGCAGAGCAGCCAAAUAGGGGCAGGCAGGCAACUGAGACUCAGAGAGACUAACCUAGCUCCUCUUUCCCCAAACCAGCAGCUGAGGAGGCAGAGGACCCAGGUUGGCUGCCUCCCAGCACAAACCCUCACUGGGCUGGCGGCUCAUCAGUUGCAGAGUCCUGGGACCCAAGAGCAGAAGGACCCCCUCCCCCCCCCAUUUACAGGUCACAACAGGAAGAGUCAUAGUAAAGCCGAGAGGAGAGGCACUUCCCCAAGGCUGCACGCUGGCCAGUCUGCUGACUCCCAGCCAGUGCCCCGAGCAUCAUGGCACCAUGACUUUCCCUGGCAGGCCUGGUAGUGGCUGAUUAGCCCCAGGACCAUUGUCCCCGGCUUGGCAGCUGUCUCCCUUCUGAGAUGGUAGAAUUCUGGGCAGCUUGUUGGAUGGUCAGAGGCCCCAGGGGCAUCUUAGUGGGCAGCUGAAUUCUUUUCAGCUCCGCCCCAGAUGGAUGUGUUUGAGCUUGAGACCUGGCAGGAGUCCUGUGAGGGUCCAGCCAGCCCCGUGGGCACCACACUGUAAACUGAGCUUGACCCCAGCCAGGGCUGGAAUCCGUCUAUCCUUGGCAGAAAUGUGACUUCCUGGUUCUGAGCGGGAAGAGGCUUAGCUGACUUAUAAAGCAGGCUCGGAAGGCCUGUUGGACAUCAAACAGAUCGUGCAAAGCGCUAUUAGGAUGAGAUAAGUGUAAAGGAAUUAGAAACACACAGGCCAGAUUUCCCUCUGUUCCGGGCAGAGUGUGGCAUGAGAUGUAUUGAGAUGGAGCUUGAGGUUAAUUAAAGAUGAAGCAUUUGGGCAAACGGUCCAGGCACCUGACCGCAUGCCCAGAUCUGUGCCAGGCACGGCGCCAAAGAGGUAAAUUAACGCAGUGUGCGAUUAUCAAGCACACGCAGUGCCAGGCUCUGUGUUGGAGCCAAAUCCAGCCACCUUUCCGAGCCUGGAGGAACUCAUCAUUGAGAUGGAACAAGCAGCCCGAUCCUAUGUUCCUAGAAGGCACUUUAGAUGUUAUCCUCCGGGCCCCGACCACAGGCAGAUUCAGCCCUAGUCUUCCCCAGAUCCCUCCUCUGGGCAGACGGGGGGAUUCCAAACUCUCGUUCAACCCAGCACCCAAGUGUUUAAAGAAGGAUGGACGGGCAGCAGAUGGAUGGGCUGACUUAUUAGGUAGACAUGUGCCGAUGGGACAGCCAGAGCCAGUGUGGGUCAGACAUCUGCAGCCUAAGUUCGCUGAUCCCCGAGGACCACCCGCUGGCCAGGGUUUGAGAUGAACUGAACUUGCUCACUUAUGUCCCCGAAGACCCGAAGCACAUAUGAAGGGAUCUGCAUGGCUGGGGCUCUUGAAUUCCCUCACCCUGGGCCAGGGAACCACCAUUCCAUCAGCAGCCACUUAUGCACUUGGAGUCAUCUAUCCACUCCUGCUGACUUUUUUCCAGCACAUUCUAUGUGCCCAGCCUUAUAAAAUGCCCCUGUUCCCUGAGAGUAUUGUGUACAUUUCUUAGGACAUUCACAUUUGACCUUGAGACAGGCAGGGAAGAUGAGAGGAGAAGUCCAGCAGGUGAAGUGGCCUGCCUAUGUUAGCCCCAGUCCCUGGUCUCUCAGAAAGCUGACUGAAUGACCUGGGGGCCUUGUAGGGCCGGUGAGCACAGCCCUGUCUUCCAGUCUUCUUCCAGACUAGUCUGAAGCUCUAGACGUCAGCCGGAUAAAGGCAGGGACAGAGGAGGUGUAUGAGUCAGGCUGCAGGGAGAUGCAAAGGGCCACCGAGGGCCCCUCUAGCUCUGAGAUUCAAAGAUCUGGAGUCUAGAGAGCAUGGGAACUUGUACUGAUUGGCAAAUUUGCCUUUGCACUGAAAGACCAUGGACAGAUUUUUCUUGCGCUGAAUGUUCUGUCAUCUGCUUCCUGGCCUCAGCUAGGCUUAGGCAAGCCUUGGGGCUCAGGACCCUUAUCCCACCGGCCUAGUCUCCAGUCCGGUGCCGUUGUCACAACAGAUCGCAAAGAAAGGUCCUCCAAGAGGAAAGUUUAUGAAAAACACCAUGAAGGACAAGAGAAGAUCCCCCCGGGAAUUGCAGCUUUGAUGGUAUCCUGGGGGGCAGAGAACUGAACUGGGGCUGGUGAUAGUGUUCCAAUGACCUGGGGUAGGAGCCAAAGUCCUCAGCCUGGCAUUCUAGACCCUCCACGAUCUGGCGCUGCUGACCUUGCCAGCCACAUCUCUCAUCUCUCCCACUCUGUGCCUGGCCAGACUGAAUCGUAUUUGUCAUUUCGAGAAUAAACAGGCUGUUUCACACAUGCCACUCCCUAGGCCUGGAUACUCCCUUCUCUUACCCAUGACUGCUCAUCCUUUGAGGAUCCACUCAGACAGCUUCUCCACCAGGAAGCCCCCUGCGAUUCCUUUGUGCUCUCUUAGCAUCUGUCACAACACCCACUCUUCAGUGUUGAGACUGUCUAAUUGUGUAUCUGCUCUCCCGUCAGACUGUGAGCUUCCCCCAUCUGACACAAAGAUGGCACUCAGUAGAUGUGUGGAGAGGGAAGGAGGAAGGAAGAAAGGAAAAGGAAGGAGAGAGGCAGCUCGUAGCUCUGCUGGUGGAAAGUUACAAAGCCAAGGCCGUCUGAGGAUGGACAGGUGCCCCUGCAGGUGGUGAGUUUCCUGUCAGGAGAGGUGAGGUGGGCAGCAGGCCCACUGGCUGGAGAUGUGGCAGGAGAGUCAAAGUCCUGGCAAGGGACUGGGGUAAAUGACAUCAAGGGUCCCUCCUGGCUCUGUAAUGCUCAGGUUCUUUGAACAUUGUUAUUUUUCCAGAAAUUCGUCUAGGCAGCCAAAAACAUCACCCGGGCUGGCUGUCUAAACCAGUGAGGCUCAGGCGCCGGGCCAGCCCCCCCCUCCCUCCGUGCUUCAACAGCCCAGGCGGGCCAACGUGAACUGGCAGGUCUGCCUGCUGCCGUGAGGCAGCGGGACUCCUGGCCGGGGAGCGGGGAAGGGCUGGACUGGAACCCAGGCCCCUGGCCCCAGCCCGGAGCUCCUUCCCUCCCUGUCCCUCGACCUGGGGGAGGGAAGAGGGAGUCAUGAGAAGUGAGUGAGCCCUACCUGGCCCAUUCCCAGGACCAUCAGCACACCCUCAGUUCUGCCCACCCUUUCUCCGAAUGUGGGCUCUUCCUUUCCGGAGAUUCCCUGGGAACUUCUUCACUUUGCUGGGUGACCUUGGGCAAGGCCCUCCUCUCUCUGAGCCUCCAUUUCCUCGUCUGUCCAAUGGAGACCUUGUUUCCUGCCUAGGCUGUCCUGGGGGGACCAGGGGAUGCCAUGUGCAAUCUCAGGGCUCCAUGAAGGUGAGGUGCCACCUGUCCCCAGGCACAGUGCGUGGCUCUCCUCCCAGGACCUGCAGGCUGCCAUGGGAUUGGGAGGAUGUGGCAGGCAGGAAAGAUGACAGAGUAGCUCACCUUGGAGGGCUCCUCCAUCCCCUGUCCCGCUGCAGGGAAAGUGGGCUUUGAAUGGGCCCCAAGUCUAGGAAGUUUCUGGCAGGGUUCUCAGACAUCUUGGGCCCCCGUGGCUGGGGUGGCAGGGGCUGACUCUUGGCCAAGGGCGGUUCUAGCCAGGAGCAGGGGAAGCCAGAGCCACUGCCCCAUUCCUGGGCUUCGAAGAGGUUGCAGAAGGUCCCCACCAGACUCUCACUGUGGGACACAAGCUUCAGAUCUUAUGUGUUUGAAAGGUAUUCACGAUGUUCUUUUAAUCACCUCUCCCCCUCACCUCUGUGAAUUGCCAUGAAGAGCUCUUUAAGAAUAUAAUAGAAGACAAAGAAAGAUGCUAUUAAUGUUAUUUUGCCAAAAAUAUUUUUGUAGCAUAAUAUAUUAAUAAAAGACAUUAUGAAUUCCA